AUGCAAAUGGCCACUGUAAGUAAUAUUGCUGUUUUCAGUGUUUGUUAAGAAUGCCAUACAAAUGUCUCUAAAUGUGUUCCUGUUUCUAUUCUUGUUCCUUAGCUUAUGUGACAUGACAUAUGAAUAGUGCUUUAUGAAGUUUCUUGAUGUAUAAACUUGUGAAGUCAAAAAUGGAAACACUUAGACUGGUGUAUACAUUUUAGUAUGAUGUAAAUCAUGAUGCACUACUGAGCUGAACUAGAUAGGUUAAAAAAAAAGAUGUGCAGCUUCAUAAUAUGGAAUGCUUUAGGAAGUAAUUUGCAUCACUACUGAAAUACCUAGAACACUGGAUUAUUCACUGGCAAACUGAAUUUUCCACUGUCCUAUAAAUACCUAAAACAUUGGAUUUGGUACACACAAGAAUUUGGAGGGUGUGGGCCUGUAAAGAUGUGGGAUUGGAUCCUAUGGGCUUCUUGUGUGCAUGGAAGGUAUUUUUACCAGUUUCUCCCUUCAGCCCAGCAUCUGCUGCUGCUUUGGGAGGUGUCUGGGGAGGCAAAUCCUGUUCCUCUUGAGGAACACUCCCCACAGUUCUUAGGCAUCAACCUAUAAAUUAUAAAGGCUUUAAUUGUAGAAACUAGUGCAACCCAAUCCUUUGUGGGUGUACUCAGAAGUCAGUCCUACCGAGUUCAACAAGAUUCAUUCCUAAAGUGUAUGUAGGCUUGUGGACUAAGAAUUAAGUUGGUUACAUUUGAUUUAUUUCUGUUAGAUUUAACAACAAUUUAUUUAUCACGUAUGAAACGCCUACAGUUUUCUACAGGUUGUUCAGGGAUUAAAAGAUAAGACAGUUCCUGCAGGCCUACAGUCUAAAAUACAUGGAACAAAAGGGAAAAGGAACAAGAAAAAGGAACAUAUGCAGGAGUGUAGCCAAUGUGAUCUUAAAUCAGUUAUACAGAUUUCCUUAUUGUACACUUCUGUUGGCUCAGAUAGCUUACCGAUAUAAUGAGAGAGGCAGAGCAUAUGCAUUUUGAAUAAUAAUAAUAACAGCAUUAAUGCAUUUUUGAAAGCUCAUAUUCUGGGUUCAAAACUUAGGCUUUGAUGCAAUAACACAUUUAAGCCUGAACAUUUACAACUGUAUGAAAUGUUGCACCAUUCAAGUUUGAAUUGGAAUUACUGUUUUUCAUCAUAUAAACUGACAUGCCUAUAAAAACCAUGAAUGGACCUUCCUUAAGGGCUUCAGAGGUCCUUUUCUGUUUGUGGAAAUAGGGUGAGAUAGAAUCUCUACCAUGCACAAAACUGAAAUGUUUUAUUGGCUAAACAUCUUUCCAAAUAUACUUCUUAAGGACACUUAAAAUGCACACCUCUGUGUUCUUUAGUGUGCUCCAUAACACUAGAGAACAGAAUGGUGUGCUUGUUGUUGUUGUUGCUUGUUACCCAAAGGUGUUCAGAAAACUUACAACACAUUUAAAAGAGAAACGUAAGUAUACCAGAACGAAACAACUCCCAUAACAGCCACAUGAAGUUUUGGCAGUAUACUAGUGAUAUGCAGUGUCCCUACAGAAGAAAUAUCCUUUGAAACACAUUGGGCCAAUACAAAUCAUCAUAUUUGUGCAUCCUUGAGAUUGUUUUGCCCUUUUCUGUUACUGCCUUCCCGUUGCCUUCCUUCUUUUGAUUUGGUUUGUCUAGUUAUGAUCCUUUUCUUACUUGCCCCUUUUUCUGUGCUGCCACUGGACCAACUGCUUUCAAAACAUGGGAUUCUUGACAGUGGCCACUAAUGCAGUGCAAAGAGCUGCGAAUGAGCCGAAAACCGAGAAAGGCUCAGUGUUGAAAAAACAUAUGCAUAGUGUGAUUUCAGAUUGCAUUACUUCAUGUUGUGUCUACGCAACCAUAGCUGCAACUAUUGUCCUUAUAUUAGCACUGUGCACGUUGCAUCUGGUGCAAAGAAGAGGGUUGCUUUUUGCUAGGAUGUGGGAUUAGGUAUUGUAGCAGUCUAGUACUGGGUCACUGGGGCCAGUGGGUCACAGAAACAUACGUUGCUGUGGGCAGUACGCCAUAGGUAACAUAAAACUGCUAUAUUUCUUACAUUAUUUUAGGAAAGGAUGCAUGUAUCAUAAGAAUUGUAAAACUUAGUGUAAAGAUUGUGUACCUCCAAAUUAAAAAAAUAACCAUUUUUGAAGCUAACCUGUAAAAAACAACCUUUCAAAUUUAGAAAUCAUUGAGUUUGCAUUCCCUGUUUAGCACCUUACCUUUUAGAUUCCUUUCUAAAGCAUUCUGGAUUUUGAUGCAAUAUCUAGCCAGGCUUUUUAUUUAAAAAACAAAACAAAUGCCAACCCACAUUGGCUGCAGAUGCAUUUCUAAACGGAAUGGUGGAACUGUAAAAAAUAUAUAUAUAUUCCGCUGAAGAGAGUUGCCUUGUGAGCUCUUAAUAAUCUUGCAAUACUUUUCAAAAGGUUAGACCUGGGAGGUUGGGAUUGCAAGACAAGCACUUGAGCACGGUGUCAGCCAAAUUAAUCAGUGGUGCAGUAGUUAAUAAUGUUGGCAUUUGUUGUCGUUAAGCUUCAGAAUAAAACUACACCAAGAUGAUAUCGCACAUCUGAGCCCUGUUGAUUCAGGCUGUUUUCAGAUUCAGGAAGAGAAAUUGAAGCCAUUUUCCCUGCGGUUCGUGUGUUGUAAGAUUUCCCCCGGUUUUGUUGUCAUGAGAGUUUUAAGCUUAGGCGUGAGCUCACUACAGUUGCAUGGGUCUGGGAUUGAAUGCAUACAGAAUGGCCAAGUAGUAUGGUCGCCUUACCCUAAGUGGCUUGCCAGCUUUGCAGUGGGAAAUGUGCCGUCUCCUGAUAAACCAGAGGAACUAACUUGUCUGCUCUUCUUAACUACCCUUGCCGGAAGAAAGAACCUACUCACGUGUGUUUUUUCUUUUAAUACGCUUUGCUUAUCAGAUGUUUGAACACAUUCCAUGUAUGUAUUGUGGCGCUUUUCUUUUUUCUUUUGCUAGAUAAAAAGUGUCAUUUACUUAAUGCAGCAUUUUAUCCAUAUGGCAAACGGUGUGCAAAAAUUCCAGCACGCGGAAUUUUUCAUACUAAACUUUUAAUUUUUUAGCCACACCCAAAGAAAGUGUAGUACAUUGGUAAUAUAGAAGGUCGGGAUGCAAAAUUCAGCUAAUAAGAUUCCUCCAUCCCUACGGAAUGCGUCUCUGCAUACUGACUUGUUGUUUUGAUGUGCAAUAUAUGCUACAUUCAGUUCUCUUUGUGUCCCCUUUAGGUACUUUGUAACAGAGCUAGACUGGUGACGUACCUUCCGGGAUUUUAUUCUUUGGUUAGAAGGGUUGUAACUCCCAAGGCCUUUUCCACAGCAGGGUCCUCUGGCUCAGACGAGCCUUCUGUUGCUGCUGCACCCCCAGACAUAUGUAAGAAACAUUCCAAGAAUUUGUUUCACCUGUGUUUACAUCUAAAAUUAGCUGUAUUGUGGGGGAAAUCAUAUAGCUGUAUCCAUCUAACGCGUAUCAUCAGCACAAGGCUUUUUGCUUGUCCAGUGGACUUUCUCCCCUCCUCCUCCUCCUCCUCCCCUGGGUGCACCCCACGCCCUCCCCACAUCUGCUCCAGAGCUCUAGAACAGGUUUGGGGGGGAGCUGUGGAGAGUUCUGUUGCACAAGUGGAAAUCCUUGCCUCUCAGAGGGUGUGUUAGUUGGAUACCACACACAAUAUGUCUUUCAAAUCAUCUGUAUCUUAUGGUUCCUCUGGUCAUAACAUACUUGGAAUUAAGUAUCAUGAAGUUCAAUGGAACUUAGUUUUCCCGUUUUCUGCUUGAACUUGAGUUACUAGCUUACUGAGCGGUGUGCAAAAAACGUUUGUGUUUUAUAACACAGUGCAAUUGUAUGUGUGUGUUUAAACGACUUAACUCUUAACUUUUGGCAGGUCCAAGAACUGUGUGGCCCGAUGAGGCGAUGGGACCCUUUGGUCCGCAAGACCAACGAUUUCAGCUCCCGGGGAACAUAGGCUUUGACUGUCACCUGAACGGUGCAGGGAUUCAGAAGGCAACACAAGCGCACAAAAAACUGCCUGACAUAUUAGUGGAGCCCCUGGCAAGCGAAAGGCAUGAAUUUGUGAUGGCUCAGUACGUCAACGAGUUCCAGGUAAGAACUCAGGUGGAAAACAUAGCUCCAAAGUAACUGGCCUGCCUAGCAAAAAAGCAGGCACAUGGUCUUUCUCUCCUGAUUUUGAAAUGAGCACCCACCCCUGUGUUACAGGUGGGCUAUCAUAGUAUUUUUGGAGUGGUGCCCUGGAAUAGAAUUGUCUGGAAUAGAAUUGUACUUCAGCUGUGCAGAAGCUUGAGGAUACUAGAACUGGGUGAUAUAUGGCCCAAAACUGGCUUGAAAUCCAUAUCGUGAUAUUGGCUUCAUAAUUUUUGACUUGGCACUAUAUUGCGAAUCAUGGUGUGUGCGCGUGUGCUAUGCAAAAAAGCACAAUGUGGGGGAAACCGUGAAGCCAGCCAAUGCCUCUUCUGCAUAGCUUCAUCCUUAUUUCAGACAUUGUCAUGUAUCAGCAUAUCUCUCUGUGUUUAGCUGGUGAUAUAGCACUGUGUUGAAAACCAGGUAUCGCCCAGCCUUAGAGGGUACAACUUUUUGCUAAUUUUAAGAAUAAGAGCUGGGGCAAAUUUAAAUAUCAAAUAACACUGCUGGCGUUACUGUUGUACGUAGCUCUGAACAAUUACCUGUUGUUGUUUUUGUUUUCAGAACGGUAAUCCUCCUCAUAAACAAGAAGUUAGUAAUGCCAAGGCCUACUUUGAAACCACUAAGGUAGAAUGUGCAAUACAAGCGUGUCCAGAGCUGUUGCGCAAAGGUAUGGGUGCUGCUGCCCUCAUCCUCCUUUUCAAAAUUUUCAUUAUCUCAGUAGACUUUAUACCUUGACCCUUUUUUUCCCCUUCUUUUUUUUUUUUGCUGGAGCGUCACAGUUUUCUUUUCGGUUGCAUAAAUUAACCCUCUUUUUGUCUUUAUUCUAAAAAAAAGCAAGCAACAGUGCGCUUUUCCAGAUGAGCAAAACCUUUAGCCUGGGAACCUGACAGUCAUCCUUUCUGUAGUAAAUACGUCUCCAUUGUGUGUGCAAGCUGUUGAAGAGCACUGUGGCAAUUCCCCAUACUUACAAAUGGGGUUGACGGAGGGUAGCCGGUGACGGAGAGGUGGGGCUGUGCUUCUCAUCUUCUUGACUGAGUCACUGCAGCAUACCAGAAUGGAAAGAGGGAAGGGUGAGAUUGGCACGGUGCGAUCUGGCACUCUUUCCUGGCACAUUGACACCAUGCUACAUUGUCCCUCCCUCUUUCUGUCCUGGUUUGCUGCAGUGACUCAGCCAGGUGGAGCUCAGGCAAGCAGCUCAAUUCCAGCAUGGCACCACUGCUGGUGGAGCAAAAGAACUGUAACAAUCACCUAAGGCUGCCGUCCUAAUCCUGUUUACCUGAAUUCAGUAGGACUUGUUCUCAGGUAGGCCUGGCUAAGAUUGUGCAGUUGAGUUUCAUUGACUUCUUCCUUCCUUCGUAGAUUUUGAGUCAAUGUUUCCAGAAGGAACUUCCAAUAACCUCACAGUCUUAACAGUAACACAGAAGACAAUAAAUGAUAUGACUGCAUGGAGUGAAGAGGUGGAAAAUGAGCGAGAAAAUCUGAUAGAAAAUGUAAGUCUCAUCAGCUUUGGGCAGUGAAUUAUGAUACUGUUCUCAUUGGAGGUGAGACCAUGUGCGUUUGUGUGUUGUAUUGGAUUCAGUGCUUGAUAUCAUGCUUUAGGAAUGUGGAGUCUGCCCUAAGAGUGGGUGACCAUUAUAGGUUGUGACCCAAUAUUUUGUGACCCAGUGUUAAUGAAGCUCUCUUAGAAAGAAUUUGGAUGUACACGACUAACGCUUGGUCCUUAACAUUUAAUGCCCAUCUUGAUUUUUCCUUUAAAAAAUAAAUUUAAAAAUUGUCCACUAGCACCUUAGAGACCAACUAAGUUUGUUCUGGGUAUAAGCUUUCGUGUGCACACACACUUCAGAUACACAUAUCUGAAGUGUAUCUGUGUAUCUGAAGAAGUGUGCAUGCACACGGAAUCUUAUACCUACCCAGAACAAACUGAGUUGGUCUCUAAGGUGCUACUGGACAAUUUUUUAAUUUUUUACUUUAUUUCGACUGCGUCAGACCAACACAGCUACCUACCUGACUUUAAAAAAUGGUAACUUUAAAUAUAUUUUAUGCAUACGCACUAGCUACAUGCUUUAAUGUUUUACAUUCAGUUUACUAAGUUGAACCUUUUAUACCACAUCUGUUAAUAAUUGCAGUAAAUAAAUCAGACAUUUUGUUUGCCCAAGUGAUUAUAUGCAGAAUUGCCACUAGGGGUCAUCCUUUCUUAAAUGUACGUUUUUUGCUUGGCUUUGGAAUCAAUAGUUGUAUCCCGACAAAUGUCAGUGUUUUGCUGCUGCUGAAUUUUUCCCCAUAUGUUAUUUUCUGAAAAUUUUCUGUACUUUAAUAGUGCUUUUAAAAUAACCUAAAAAUGCCAGUUUCUUUUAUUUCAACUUGAUUUUUUGGCUAAUAUAUCUGAGACCAGUUUCUAGUUAACACCAGCCACACUGCAGUUCCUUUAACUCCAUUUGAGAAAGUUUCACAAUGGCAAAUAAGCAUUUAUAUGGGUUCUAAAGGUUUUCAAGGGGUUAGGAAGGAGAGUGCAGUGGUCAGUCAUCACCAUGAAAGCUGCACACAGAAUAAAGCUCUCAUUUUAGCGUGUCAGUGUCUCUGUGUUAGUCAUGGUCUGUUGGGCCUUGGCAUUGUAAUCUGGUCUAAUUAUAUUUUAAUUGUCCUCCUCCUUCCUUGUCCACCUUCCUGUCAAUUCCAAUAUAUUGAACACAAGGGUGCUGGGAUGGUAGACGUAACCUUCUGGCCUAAAGGUUACUAACAGCAAAUUCACAAUAGAAUGGACUGUUUGUUUGCAUUGUAGACAAUCUCAGGAGAACUUAACUUAACAUGAGAGACUUGGAGUAAAGUAAUGAGAGUUAGUGGCAGGCAAAUGAAGGUGUUAUUGUAUUGAAGACUCAAGUUGUCUUAAUUAACAUCUGUUUGGUGAGUGGCUACUGUGAGAUUGUAAUUCACCAGGAUCAAAAGAGUCCAGUGCAUAAACAUGUUUAGACUGUUUACUGGGGUUCCGUUGGCUUAAUCUGAAAUUGAAAUGGACAGAUACGUAGACCUUUGACUAAUUGGAAAAAUAGGUCCACACUGAAUAUAAAUCUGUUCUGUUUUAAGAUUAUUCGGAAUCUGAGUAAGCCCUUAUGAUAAAGGGUCCAGAUAUCUGGCUUACAUGCUUCGAGAAAGAAAUGUGUGUAUUUAUCAAUUUCAAAUAAAUGAGGGGAUGCGGCUGUACAACAUUGUGUGCCUCGAGAGGUCCGGAGGGUGGCAACCUGAGAACAGGCCUUUUCUGUAGUGGCUCCCCAUUUGUGCAAUGCUCUCCCCGGGGAGGUUCGCCUGGCUUCUUCACUAUAUAGUUUUAGGUGUCAAAGUGUUGAACAAAUGGAAUGCAAACUAGCAAAAUCAGUUUCUUUUUUUCUUUUUUUUAAAUAAGAUUUAUUAGUAGUUUCAAGGUUAUAAAGAAAAAAGAAAAAUUAAAAACAACACUGUAAUACAUAAAAAGGGGGGGAAGUGAAAACAACAAUACAACAACAACAAAAAAGAAAAAUGGAAAACACAAGAAAAAAGAAAACAACAUAGAUCCCAAAUUACAUAUCUAUAACUUCCAUUUGCUUGUUUCAUUGACCUCCUCACACCUCCCUUUUUGUAUUCUAGUUUAAUUAAUUAUUUCAGCAAAUUCUUUCCAUCUUUCUCAAUUUUUGUUAAAAAAUUUAUCUUGACAGUUUAACUUUAUAAUUAGCUCAGCAAAUCCUUACCAUCUUUCCCCAUAUUCUGUUAUACAAAUUGCCUUAAUUUAUUUAACCAUAUCUUACCCUAAAAUACCUUAAAGCUUAAAUCUUAGUUUUCAAAUAUACAUAACUCCUGAUAUCAUUUCUGCUAGAGUCAUAUAGUUUCAUUCCAACAUUUUCCCUAAUAUUCAUUAAUUUUUAGCCAAUUCCCUAAAUAAAACGUUUCCUUUAUAAAUUUUCUUCCAAUCUUCAUCCAACGUCUCAUCUUCCUGGUCUCGGGUCGUGUCAGUCCUUACUGUCCAAUCCAUCUAGUCCAUCAACCUGGAAGCCUUAUGUCCGAGGCCCUUAAGUCUCUUCCAUGUCCCUUCUGCAUUUCUUCUUCUUGUUGUUUAUACUUGCCCUUUUCCUUGUCUUUUGUUGGUCUCUUUCUUAAUUCCUUUCCUUUCUUAUUGAGGAGUAGUUCUCUGGGGGGUUCCUAGCAAAAUCAGUUUCAAGUGAUGUUUCCCAUACAGGGGCAGCCUACCAAACCACAGUUAGCUUUUCCAUUGGAUAUGUUAAAUGUAGUAUCUUUUGCCGUAGUGCAAAGGAUAUACGAGUGCAUUUGGUGAGAACCUCCACAAUUCCUUUUGUUGAAGAGGCACGCUUCUCCUGAAUUUUUAAAUUAAGAAGUGUCACUUUCUUUGACAAUAGAGUCUAUUCUGGCAAAAAUAAAAGAGCGUUCCAUCUGUGUGCACAGUUUCAUCCCACACUCUCAUGUAGCUCCUUUUUAGAUUCUGUUUCUUUCUAAAUUAGCACCAUGUAUUUAGAGGUUAGCAGGAGUUUUGAGCAUCUGUGCUUUGUGUUUGGACGAUAAUUUUCUUGGCAUAGGUUUUGGGCAGAGUUGCCAUUGUGGAUUAGAGAACUGCAAAAAGUGCUUUACUGAUCAAGAUACAGGAGGUUGAGACUAGGAAACAAACCUAAGGCAAAAGGAGCAUGCAUGAAAGUGGGCAACAGGUGAGGUAUGGAUUUGUUUAAUUUUUUUGUAUUUGCAGGUAUGGCAACACUGCAACCAACCCGAGCAAUCAGUUAUAUUUUCCUGCCUGUGCAGAACUAUUAAUGCUUCACUGACCAUCACAAAGAAUUUCUUCUAGGUUCCAUGUGACCAUUGUAUCUCAAUAUAGGUUAUUAAUUUUAAUCCUCUUAGUCUCGGUUGACAGAGUUGAAUAACAGUACUGUGUUCAAUUUCACAUUUGUUUGCUGGGGAAAUGGAAUAUACAUUAGCCUUAAAAGUGUGCUUAGCAUCUUUUAUUUCCUCUCUUCUUAGUUUAUCAGUGGUGCCAAGGAAAUUUGCUAUGCUUUGUGUGCCGAAGGCUAUUGGGCAGAUUUCAUUGAUCCAACUUCAGGAUUGGCAGUAAGUAUUUCUACCAAAGCACAGCAAGAAGAGGGAGGCUGAGCACUGUGUGUCUCAGACAAGGGGAAAAAAGGAAUAUGACGACUCCUACUUGAGUUUCUGCUCGUUCCACUUGAAACCAUUUUAAAGGCUAUUUAAAAUUGUUUCUGGAAUGUCUGUGACAGUCUUUCUUAAUUCUCGGCUAUAUCAUAGAAACCGUUGUCAUAGCUGGCACCUUAAGAGGCAGUUAAACAAAAGAACGCAAGACUGUUUUUAUUUGUUUUAGUUAUUACAUCUAUUUUCUCCUCCAAGGAUCUCAAAGCAGUGCACAUAGUUCUCCCCAGCCCUGAGUUUAUUCUUACAACAAUCUUAGGAUAGGCUGAGAGAAUUAUAGGCUCCUGGUCACCCAGUGAGCUUCACGGCUGAGUGAGAAUAUGAAUCUGGGUUACACUAGUCCUAGUUUAGCACUGGAAUCACUACACCACUCUGUCUCUCACCUCCCCCCCCCUUUAACCUACCGUAUUUUUCGCACCAUAGGGCGCACCGGACCAUAGGGUGCACCUAGUUAUGGGAGGUGGAAAACAAGAAAAAAUUAUUCUGAACCCCAGAAGCCAGAACAGCAAGAGGGAUCUGGCUUCUGGGAUACCGUGUGGCUGUUCUGGCUUCUGGGGUAACCGCGCCAAGCCUCCUCAGGGCAGCGGGAUGAAGGCUCCCCCUGCCCAAAGAGGCUGUGCAGGGCUAAAGCAGAAGCCAGGACAGACGCAUCGCUGAAGGGGCACUGCGCCUUCUCUCUCUCUGUGCAGCGCCCCUCCUUCACAGAAGAGGCGCUGCGCAGAGAGGGAGAGGGCGCAGCGCCCCUUCAGCGAAGCUGGAGAAGGAACAGAAGAAGACCCUUCUGUUCCUCCUCCGGCUUCGCAUGACAGGCGCGUCGCUCAAGGGGCGCUACGCCUUCUCUCUCUCUGCGCAGCGCCUCUCCUUCACAGGAGAGGUGCUGCGCAGAGAGGGAGAAGGCGCAGCGCCCCUUCAGCGAAGCUGGAGAAGAACCAUAAGCAGACCCUUCUGUUCUUCCUCCGGCUUCCAGGACAGGCGCUGUCGCUGCCAAGCGGGAGGAGGAACAGGAGACCCUUCUGUUCCUUCUCCAGCUUCGCUUGAUAGGCGCGUUGCUCAAGGGGCGCUAUGCCUUCUCUCUCUCUGCGCAGCGCCUCUCCUUCACAGGAGAGGUGCUGCGCAGAGAGGGAGAAGGCGCAGCGCCCCUUCAGCGAAGCUGGAGAAGGAACAGAAGGAGACCCUUCUGUUCCUCCCCCGGCUUCGCUUGAUAGGCGCGUUGCUCAAGGGGCGCUGCGCCUUCUCUCUCUCUGCGCAGCGCCUCUCCUUCACAGGAGAGGUGCUGCGCAGAAGGAGAAGGCGCAGCGCCCUUCAGCGAAGCUGGAGAAGGAACAGAAGGAGACCCUUCUGUUCCUCCUCGGGCUUCGCUGGACAGGCGCGUCGCUGCGAAGCGGGAGGAGGAACAGAAGGAGUCCCUUCUGUUCCUCCUCCAGCUUCGCAUGACAGGCGCGUCGCUGAAGGGGCGCUACGCCUUCGCUCUCUCUGCGCAGCGCCUCUCCACAGGAGAGGCGCUGCGCAUAGAUGGAGAAGGCGCAGCGCCCCUUCAGCGAAGCUGGAGAAGGAACAGAAGGAGACCCUUCGGUUCCUCCUCCGGCUUACAGGACAGGUGCGUCGCUGCGAAGCCAAGGAACCUGCAUUCGCUCCAUAGGACGCACACACAUUUCCCCUUCAUUUUUGGAGGGGAAAAAGUGCGUCCUAUAGAGCGAAAAAUACGGUAGUUCUUUCAGACCAGGAUUGUGGUGUGUCAUGGAUUGUAGGUAUUUGAGAUGUUCCUUUGACAAUUAUUUCAUGUACAACCAUAUCAGUAUUAUUUCUAAUUGUAAAAAAAAAAAUGUCCCACAUCAGGGCCCUUAGAAAUGUCCUAGAUCCAAAUUAUUUGAAAAGCUAGUCAGUAUGGAAUAGCAAAGCACUCAGACCUGUUAUAGGAACACGGGUGGCGCUGCGGUCUAAACCACUGAGGCUUGGGCUUGCUGAUCAAAAGCUCAGCGGUUCAAAUCCCCAUGGCGGGGUGAGCUCCCAUUGCUCGCUCCCAGCUCCUGCCAACCUAGCAGUUCGAAAGCACAUCAAAGUGCAAGUAGAUAAAUAGGUACCGCUCCGGCGGGAAGGUAAACGGUGUUUCCAUGUGCUGCUCUGGCUUCGGUGUUCCUUUGCGCCAGAAGCAGCUUAGUCAUGCUGGCCACAUGACCCAGAAAAACUGUCUGCAGAGCGGACAAACACCAGCUCCCUGGCCUGUAAAUCGAGAUGAGAGCCGCAACCCCAGAGUCAUUUGCAACUGGACUAUAAAUGUCAGUGGUCCCUUUACCUUUGCCUUUACCUUUAAGACUGUUAUAUUCUCCUACUAAAUGUGUACAUAGUUUUUUACCCAACUUUCGUUGGUGAAUCUUUACUGUCUUUGCAUGGGCACUGCUAGAAUCUGCUGUUGCAGUAUAUAGAAUCAUAUAAAUAUUGGAAGGGAAUCCUGCUCACAGCUGUUCCUGUGUGGGCUUGAACCAUCAACCUUCCGGUUAGCAGCUAGACACACUAAACCAUUGCGCCACAGGGACCAGGCUAUUGAUUCAUAAAAUCCAAGGAAUUGGAAGUGCACUUUCCUGGUAACAGUGUCAAUUUGAGGGCUGGAUCUGUGGGCUCCAGAAUUUCUAGUUGCCAUGGGAUAUAAUAAACAGUAUAGUUAUCCCUCUAUAGAAAUGUCAAUGCAAAACCAGUAGUUGUACAUUUUCUGUCAUGACAUUUAAAUGCAUUUAAGCUUAGACUUAAAACUAAUUUGAUCUAUUAUGUUGAAAUAUAUUCAGGAAUCUUACUAUAAAUGUACACCGUGUUUUGUUGUGCUUUCUUUGCAGUUUUUUGGCCCUUAUACAAACAACACCCUUUUUGAAACUGAUGAACGCUACCGCCAUUUAGGAUUUUAUGUGGAGGACCUUGGCUGCUGUAAAGUUAUUCGUCAUAAUCUCUGGGGAACACACGUGGUAGUCGGAAGUAUUUUCACUAAUGCUUCACCUGACAGCCCUAUCAUGAAGAAACUGAGUGGCAAUUAA